UUUUGCGUAAUGAGUGACAGUAGAGAGAACUAAAGAGAAAGAGAAAUGGCGCCUCAAUGCCAUAUUUACUGAGGCAGAGUACAGACGGAUAGACAGAUUAAACAAGUGCAAAUAAACGGACAAAUCAUGGUGAAUACAAGAAAGAACUCUCGGCGUAAGCCGAGCAGUCCCUUCAUCUCGUCCAGGACCCGGUCUUCUGCCAGAAAUCCCUCCAACUCUGAGGAACAUAAGGAUCCCAGUAGUGAUGUGAGCAGUCCCAGCAGUCCUGGACUGUCCCCUCCCUCAAAGCGAACCCGUAGACAGACCAGCUCCAGCGACACCUCUCCCUCCCCCCAGGCCAAGGGCCAGAGGGUCUCCUGGGGCAUGCCCACCUACCGCACCAGGUUGUCAUCUGGCGCCCUGCAAAAUGGAAAUGCCCAUAAGGAGGAGGGGGCAGGAGACCAUGCUCACAUGAACGGCCAUGUUGACCGGAAGAGGAGCUGCCAAGUGAGGAAGAGCCAGUUUGAACACCUCAACCAGAGCCUGCUGUUUGACCAGCUCGUCAACAGCACGGCGGAGGCAGUUCUUCAGGAAAUGGACAACAUCAGCAGCAUCAGACAGAACAGGGAGGUGGAGAGACUCCGCAUGUGGACAGACACGGAGGUGGAAAGCAUGGACAUGUAUUCUCGUGUGAAGAGGAGGAAGGCGCUGCGCAGGAACACCUUUGGCAUGCAGACACACCACAAAGCCAUGAGCAAGACAGAAUCGGAAGAGGGGACUGAAGAAUCUCACGGUGAAGAAGAGGAUGACGAAGCAGAGGAAGAUGAUGAUGAAAGAGACGAGGCAGAGGAGGCUGGAGAGGGGAACGACAGACCGUACAACCUGAGACAACGCAAGACCGUACAGAGAUACGAGGCGCCACCUAUAGAGCCCGUCAACAGAAAACAAACCAUCCCCUCCCUGUUUGACACCCACAGAUCCCCAGCAAGGAGAAGCCAUAUACGAGUGAAGAAGCAUGCCAUCCACAGUAGCGACACUACGUCGUCGUCUGACGAGGAGAGAUUUGAGAGGAGGAAAAGCAAAAGCAUGACCCGGGCCAGGAACAGAUGUCUGCCUUUGAACCUGCGAGCAGAGGACCUGGCCAGUGGGGUGCUGAGGGACAGGGCCAAGGUGGGAGCUAGCCUCGCUGAUGUGGACCCCAUGAAUCUGGACAUCUCAGUGAAGUUUGACAGCGUAGGAGGGCUGUCCAACCACAUCCAGUCUCUGAAGGAGAUGGUGGUCUUCCCUCUACUCUAUCCAGAAGUCUUCGAAAGGUUCAAGAUACAGCCCCCGAGAGGGUGUCUAUUCUACGGCCCACCAGGUACAGGGAAGACCCUUGUAGCACGGGCUUUGGCCAACGAGUGUAGUCAAGGAGACAAAAAGGUGUCUUUCUUCAUGAGGAAGGGAGCCGACUGCCUCAGCAAGUGGGUCGGCGAAUCAGAACGACAGCUACGCCUACUUUUUGACCAGGCGUACCUGAUGAGGCCCUCUAUAAUCUUCUUUGAUGAAAUAGACGGGCUGGCCCCAGUGCGCUCCAGCAGACAGGACCAGAUACAUAGCUCCAUAGUGUCCACUCUGCUGGCGUUGAUGGAUGGCCUGGACAGCCGAGGGGAAAUCGUGGUGAUCGGUGCUACCAAUAGGCUGGACUCCAUAGACCCUGCUCUACGGAGGCCUGGACGCUUUGACAGGGAGUUCCUCUUCAACCUGCCUGACAAGAAGGCCCGAAGACAAAUCCUUGAGAUCCACACGCGGGACUGGAAUCCUAGACUGGCUGAACAGUUUGUAAAUGAGCUGGCGGAGAAAUGUGUCGGUUACUGUGGCGCAGACAUCAAAGCACUUUGCACAGAGGCGACCCUGGUGGCACUGCGGCGUUGCUACCCCCAGAUCUACGGCAGCAGUGUUAAGCUGCAGCUGGAUGUCAGUACCAUCGUGCUGGGGCCUGGGGACUUCAGCCAUGCUCUGCGGACCAUCGUCCCAGCUUCCCAGAGAGCCCAGGCUCCUCCAGGCCGAGCCCUGGCCCCCAACAUACGCCCCCUACUAGCAAACACACUGGCCACGGUGCUGGAGGUCCUGCUCCGAGUCUUCCCCCACGCAGAAACACAGCACAUGGAGAGUAGAGGAGACGUUGACAAUCACCUGCUAGAGGAGGUCAGUGAAGAGGAGACGGAUGGAGCAGCUCCCUCCAUCUACAACCUCCAGCCGGGAUCCCCAAAGACACACACACAUCCCUCUACGGCACACACACCCUUCCUACACUUCACCAUAUCACCCCUUCACCAGCCCACGUCGUACCGGCCCCGCCUGCUGCUGGCGGGCCCCCCCGGUUCGGGACAGAGUUCUCACCUGGCCCCUGCUGUGUUACACCACCUGGACAAGCUGUCUGUCCACCUCCUAGACUUGCCCACACUCUACUCUGUCAGCGCCAAGACACCCGAGGAGUCCUGCGCUCAGGUGUUCCGUGAGGCGUGUCGGAGCGUGCCCAGUGUGGUGUUCAUGCCCCACAUCUGUGAUUGGUGGGAUUCGGUCAGCGACACGGUGAAGAACACCUUCUUCUCUCUACUCCAGGACAUCCCCUCUUUCACUCCCCUCCUCAUCCUCGCCACCACAGAGACGUGCUACACACAGCUACCACAGGAGGUGAAGUUGAUGUUCCAGACGAUGUACGGGGAGGUGGUCAGUCUGUCUUCACCUGGAGAGGAGGACAGACGAAGGUUCUUCAUGGACCUGCUACUGGUACAGGCUGCUAGAGCGCCAUCCCACAGGAGACACAAAGCCCUGCGGUGUGAGGAGGUGCUUCCGGUAGCGGAGGUCCCUGGCCCCAGGGUUCUCUCCCCCGAGGAACAGCUUCGUCUGGCCGACCAGGAGGAGAACACUCUGAGAGAACUGCGUCUGUUCCUCAGGGACGUCACCAAGCGCCUCGCCGUAGACAAACGCUUCAACAUCUUCAGCAAACCUGUUGACAUUGAGGAGGUGUCAGACUACCUGGAGGUGAUUAUUCAGCCUAUGGAUCUAUCUAUGGUCAUGACCAAGAUCGACACCCAUAAAUACCUGACGGCCAAGAACUUCUUGGUGGACAUAGACCUCAUCUGCAGCAAUGCCCUGGAGUACAACCCUGACAAGGAACCUUCAGAUAAGAUCAUCCGCCACAGAGCGUGCAGUCUGAAGGACACGGCGCACGCCAUGCUGGCCUCGGAGCUCGACCCAGAGUUCAACCGCAUGUGUGAGGAAAUCAAGGAGUCACGCAGGAAGAGGGACCUCCAGAUUCCGGAUGUGCCUCCUGUCUCCCUGGCUGUCGUGGUAACCACCAGGAAGCCGGCUGGAGAGGAGAACGCUGGGAGUAGCACUCAGGGAGAGGCCGUCGACAAGCACCACUGCAGCAAUCACAUAAAAAGGAAAGCACGUCGGCGGCCAUCUUGGGGGCGGGGCAUCAUUAGGAAGAAGAAGAGCUACAAGAAGGGAACGGAGGAAGAGGAGGAUGAAUGUGCGGUGCCUAAGCCGGAAACGGCGGUACCCAGCGACUCCUGUCUGACUCAGGACGAAGAGUCUUCCUGUGACACCAUGGACCCUCAGCCCAACGGACACCACACACACCCUCACACACAUGGCAUCUCCACGGAGGAGGAGAGCUCCAAUGAGGCCCCUAGGGGCCAGAGAACAGAGACCCAAGGGGAGAGCAACACAGGGAUAGGGCCCAAGGAGGACGAGACACCAACUACAGACGACAAAGCCAAAUCUACAUCCACAGACAAAGACCUCCAGUCUAAAAGUGAGUCUUAUUGUAAAAACAAGGAGCCUCAAGCCCAGGAGAUCCAGACUAAAGAUGAGGGGUUGUCAUCUAAAGAUGAAGCGCUCCAAUCUAAAGAUGAGGGUUCCCAAGCCAAAAGCGAGAACCCCCAAGCCAAGCCUAAGGAGGAAGGUUUCCAGCCCAUGGAUGUUGAGAAGGUCCAGCCUAAAGACGACGAGGUCCAGUCCAAGACUGAGCAGCAGUCGUCAGCCCCCACUUCGGCCACAGCACCCCCUGUCUCUCGGGAGUGUGUGAACGGGAAUGAGUCCAUGGACAGCCUGGAUUCCCAGGCCCUCAAGAGCUCUGAGACAGAGGGGCCUACAGCGGUCGAAGGUGAAGCGUCAGAGGGGGAAGAGGAAGAAGUGUCGGCGUCUGCAGUGAGCAGAGGAACUCAGGAGCGCCGUCCCCAGGACGGUAGGACAGGAGACACGGAGACGGGCAAGGAGGAGCAGGACAGAGAAGGCUGGUCCAAGGGGAGGAAGUGCAGAAUGAGACAAUUAGAGCAGUCAAAGGCAUCAACUGAAGGAACAGAGGAGCCUCCACAGACCCCUCCACCACCGACACUAGUGGUCGAUCAACAGCGACUCACGGCCCUCUUGGACACAGUGGUACAGAGGAGUGAAGGCUACAGCGUGGACCGCUUGGAGAGACUCUUCUCUCUCCUCAGUCAGUGCAUCUACCAACACCGGCUGGACUACGACAAGACACGGCUACAGGAGGAGAUGGAGAGGAAAGUGCAGAAUUUCAUUACAUUCCUGUGAGACAGCCAGGUUUACCCUGAACACACACACACACACACACACACACACACAAGCCUUUGAGCCAAGUACUUACACACAGAGCAAAUAUAGAGCCCUGGUCUUAACAUGGACGACAGAACGGGGAGAAAGAGGAGACUUUUCUAUGGUGCUAUAGUCUCAGGUACCCUGGUCAGACCCAAAUCCAGUCGACAACCAAACAGACUCCUGGACACGCACACACGAACGGUGAAACGGGCAUUCCUGGUGCUAUUCAGGUGCUAUCCUAAUCCUUGCUGCCGGUGGGAGUAACUCGGAAACUAACCAACAAAACAGAUUGGGUGAUGUCAUAUCUCAACGACGGCCUACUUUUACACUGGCCGUACGCAAACUACAUGUGUGCUUCGUUAUGCACACACAGUAAUCCCAUUCACAGAUUGUCACCAGCAGUGCGAGUAUGUGCAGUUAGCGUGGAGGUUGAGACAGUCUCCUGUCUUGUCACCAUUGCUGAACCCAUGUCAUCUCUCAGUAAGCUAGUGAAUCAAGAUUAUAGGCCAGUCAUCUCAUAGAUACAACAGCUUACAGAUCAUACUUAGUCAUUAAACCAGCUUGGUUUGAAUAGCAUCUGGAUCUAAUCAAUUAUGAUUAUUUUGAUUUUUUUAUUAUUGAUAUGGAUCUUAUAACCACCGUUCUCGCUCCAAACAUUGUCCAAUGUUCAUUGAAAUGUUUUUAACAUGACCAUACUGUAGGGUAAAGUUGGCACUGCUGAGCUAGAAUCAAUUGCCAGCAUGUACAUGCAUUACAAAAACAUCAAAGCCCCAUUUAAUAAGGGUGGAACUGAGGAAGCAUUUGUUCGAGGUUUGCAGUGAACAUCAAAAUAACAUUCAUUGACGAGACUCUUAUCACAGUCGUAGCAAACAGAUUGACGUGCUGCUUGUGGUAGCUGAUUCACAGUUCUGUCUGUAAUUCUGUGUAAAAAAAAAAAAUCUUCCACAAGCUGUGCACUGCUAAUUUUUAUUUCCUGUCAAUCCACACCUAACUAGAAGCAAUUCAAAUUAAAUUGGACACCUUUUUGUAGUUCGCACUGCCUAGCAUGUGCCUUAUUUAACCCCCAUAAAGAACAGCUGUUAAGGUUUUUAAUCGACUGCUCUGUUCCAUGUAAUGCAGUAUAGUGAGCUGGAUGUAGAAGUUGCCCUUAAACUAACCACAUAUCUAGGACCAAACUCUCGAUCCUAACUUUAACCUUGACUGACCCAGGUGCAGUGGAUAGAAGUCACUUCUACAGUAGGAAAGCAGAUCUACUCUUAGUCUUUACCUGCCCACAUGAGUAAAAAAGGAUUUUAUCAUUACUUUCAUGUCAACGGAUGCCACAUGAGUCAAAGCAAACGUGGUGCCAAUUUUCCCUCAAAUGAUUGCGUGGCCGUUUUUAGUCGACAUUCAUAGGAAAACAGAUCUUAACUCUAUAAAGAUAUAGAUAAGCAACUUACACAGUUGGCUAUGUAUUAUGUUGUGCAUUUGAUUCAUAAAAAAAACAAAACGUUUUUCUAUUGUAUGAUACAUUGGAAAUGAUUGUUUUGAAUUGUUAUUGCAUUGAUUGUGAAGCUUCUGACCAUGAACAAGGCCAUUCAAGGCAGUGCCCUGUUGAGGUAUAAAACAGCAUUCUAUUGUUUGUUUAUUUUGUUGAUGCUUUUGAUUGUCUGUCUAGUGGGAGGGGUGUAAUUAGCUUUUGCCAGCCCAUCCAUGUUCACCUUGUGGUAAAGAUAUGCAUUUUUGUUUUUCAACUUUUUCUGGUCUUUCCUUGGCCAUGGAUGAGUCCAUGUUUUGACGAGAUGUGGCCAGCCUCAGUCUUUCACAUUCACAGCACUGUUAAAAGGUGGACUCCGAUAUGACAUGGUUGCAGAAAGUAAACCACAUAAUGGGACAGCUUCCGCAACAACUAAAAGUGUUAAGGCUCAUCUUCUCCGCUGUUUUGGUGAAGCAGAUGUGUGUGAGCGAAGUCUUGCGUCUCGCAAGAUCUGCGGCAGUGGAAUUUCGCUGUCUACCUUUUAAUGCCAGGGUUCUCCAGGUCCUGGAGAAUACUACUAGGCAUGCAGGCUUUUGUUCCAACCAAAUCAACUAAUCAUGGUGUUCUUCAGGCUUGACUACGAUUGGUUUGUAACAAAAUCCUGUAUGCCUAGCCCUGCUUUAUGCUGAUCCAACCUCACUCCACAUCUGCCUUCUCUUGGAUUGCCAGGUGAAGAUUUAACAAUUAAAAUAAAUAUGAACAUAUGCAAACUAGCAUUGGAAUACUGCAGAUCGAGAGAAACAAAGCUACCUCAGCUUAAUUUAUUUGAAUGCUAAUAAGAAACUGUUUACUGGGCGCAAACAGUAUUUUGCCAUGUUCCAAACUCUUGUCGCAACACUCAGUACAAGUUCUGUGGUAACCCAACAGUUUGGUUGGUUCUCACCAUUUUCAGUUUUUUUGUCUUUUUUGCAUUUGAGCCGAGACGAAACAUACAGCAUUUAAUUUCAAGGAAAUGUCAAACUGUAUAUUUCAGUUCUGUAGACCGAGACGUCCUGAGAUUGCUUUCCUUUCAGAUCCCACUACUACACAUAUUCGCUAGUCUUGUCCAUCAAGCCACAAUCUUUUUUUUUUUUUUGAGGGUGAUUGUUUUUGCAGACUUGAAUCUCUUUCUCGUGGUGAUUUAAAUUUGUAUUUUAUUUAUUAACAAUUAGACAUGUUUUUACAUCUAUCCAUUAAAACAGUAUUUUUGUACAUUAAACAAAUUGGCAAUAGUUGUUACUCGGUUUAGUGCUGAAGUGAGGUAGCGGAUUAGCAUGUAUUGGAGAAUAAAGAAGUUUACAGGUGUCUCAGGUUUCUUCAGGCUACACAUGACCUUUCAACUUUCCUAUUUAUUCCAUUGUGGUGUUUUUUUCUUUCGUUUUGUGGUUAUGGACUGUGGGAUACUGGAUGAGGCUAACGUUGACUUAUUGGAGUUUUUACAUCAAAACAAGAGCGUGUUGGUAGUGUAAAUCUUAUUCACGUUGCUGACACAAUUUGGCAACCAUCUUAUAAAAUCUGUCCCUUUAACAUUUGUUUUUAAGAAUUGGGUUUUAAAAUGUCAUACAUUUUUGUCAUCCUCUCUUGUCAAUACAUUUGUCAGUUUGGACAAACAACCAAUUUUUGUCUGGUAGUUAAAGAUGAUUUAGUCCAGUAUGCACACAAUUUUCCAUCACUACUUACUGAGUUUCUCUUGUGUGGGAUUUAUUUAGUAGAUUUUGUUUUCGUAGCAUCACCAUGUUUAAUGAUUUCUUCUUGAGGUUAAAGUUUAUUGAACAUCUUCUUCCCAAUCAAAUGUUACGUUGGUGUAAGUUAUUUGAAAGGAAAACUUUUACUGUAUUUCUAAAAACUGCUGUGAUAUACUUGAAUAAAGGUACAAAUUGUA